CCGCCCAUCCCCAUUCCCCCACCCGCCGCCAUGCCCACGCCGGCGCCGCAUUUCGUCGACGAGAUCCUGGAGGAGAUCUUCCUUCGCUUGCCCACCCCGGCCGCGCUCGCCCGCGCGUCAAUCGCCUGUCCCCGUUUCCGCCGCAUCAUCACCGAGCGCUCCUUCCUCCGCCGCUUCCGCAAACGCCACCCGCCGCCGCUCCUCGGUUUCGCCGACAAAGAUGGAUUCCACCCCGCCCAGGCGCCUCACCCCUCCGCCCCGCUUGCUCGUGCCCUUGCCGACGCCGCCGAUUUCACCUACUCCUUCGUCCCCAAGCCCAGCAAGGGGCGCUGGAUACCGUGCGACGUCCGCGACGGCCGCGUCCUUCUCGAGGACAGCCUAACUUGGAACGGAUUCAGUGACCUCGCGGUGUGCGAUCCACUGUCCCGGCGCCACCUGCUGCUUCCGCCCAUACCUGAGCACCUGGCAGGUGACCGGAAAGAGCGCUCUCAUGAGAUUGUGCCCAUCCUCGCUCCCACUGUUGAUGAUGAGGAUGAGAUGUUGUUCAAGGUGAUAUGCUUUGGUGCCUAUGAAACCAACCUGGUCGCGUUUGUCUUCUCGUCCCUCACGGGGCAAUGGUGUAUAGCUGCAUCCCCCAGCUGGAGCUCUCUGGGCACGACCCGCCCUUAUGACUCUCGCAACUUCUCCUGGUUAGGAUGCCGUGGCUUGUCUUGUUUCGACAACGUGCACGGAUGCCUCUACUCGGCGUCGCCUUGGAUGGACAAGUUGCUCGUGCUGGACACGCGAACAAUGGAGUUCUCCACUAUUAGCGAUCGCACUGGCUAUCAUAUGCAGCUCAGGCUUCUGCCUGGCCAGUCAGACGAAGUUCUCGCCAGAAACGAUAUGCCAUAUAGAAAGCGGCCUGGCCAGACCAGAAGCCUACCUCGCAUUGUGGUGGGUAGAGAAGGAGCCCUUGAGAUGUUUUCUCUUGUUGGUGAUCACAGACCAAAUGGCUCAUUUGAUCUCUAUCAUACCAGUCAGCAUGAACAUUCAGAGGAAUGGCAGCUCGAGAAUAUCAUCCCAUUGCCCAGCCAGUAUGACUAUUUCACCUUAGGUGCAGCUGAGGGAUUCUUAUUUCUUGGAGCCACUACAGAAGAUCAGCUGGAUGAUGAAGACUCCCCGGUGCGGUUGUCGAGGACUGACUGGGAUGUAGAUUAUUUUUCGCUUGAUGUCAGGACUUCUGAACUUGCAAAGGUCUGUAGGAGGAAGAGACAAUCCUUCCAUUAUGAAUAUGUUUACUGGUACUUUGGCUUCCCUCCAUCGUUAUCAAACCCGAGUAUAUGAAGUGGGAGGAACUGGUUUUGCUUUUGGACCAUGGAUAUGGUUAUGGAUGCCAUGCUUAUGAUGCCUUCGAGGAGAAUUGGAGGAUGGACAUGAUCGUGCUACAAAAUGUCUGAUAUAUGAUGGAUCUUGGUAUUAUUCCUUAGGAAUUAGCCAUCAUCCACUUUGCUAUGAACGGCAUUAGACAUAUUUAAGUAGGAAAUGCUGUAAGCAAGCUGAAUUCGUCGUAUUCUAAUAUGUAAGAUAUGUAUGGUUCUUUUGUGUUGGAAGCAUGGCAGUUGCUUUUAUU